CACACGUAAUAUUACAAUAUAUUUUUUAUCAAUAUGGCCCCUAAGAAGGACGAUAAGACUGUUGUGCCUGCAGCUGAUGCUGCUGAGCCGAAGGCUGAGGCUAAGCCCAAGGCCGAGAAGGCCCCUAAAAAGGAGAAGAAGGCGCCUGCCAAGAAGACAGAGAAGAAGGAUGCCGGUGCUGAUGGCGAGAAGGCCAAGAAGAAGGUGAAGGUCUCGAAGGCCGAGACCUACAAGCUGUACAUCUACAAGGUGCUAAAGCAGGUUCACCCCGAUACCGGAAUCAGCAGCAAGGCCAUGUCUAUCAUGACUUCCCUGGUGAACGACCUGUUCGACCGCAUCGCCACCGAGGCGAGCAAGCUGUCCAAGUACAACAAGAAGCCUACAGUGACUUCCCGCGAGAUCCAGACUGCCGUGCGCCUGGUGCUGCCCGGCGAGCUGGCCAAGCACGCGGUGUCUGAGGGCACCAAGGCCGUUACCAAGUUCACCUCUAGUUAAGCGAGUCGGCGUGCUGCGUCCUUACGCUCAUUACCUUUCAAACGGUGUUUUUUAACACCACCCAUCUUUGGCAAUCUGCAGUCCU